CCGCAUCGACAAACGGGGCGUCUGGGUGUUGAAAUCCGUACAUCCCCUGUUUUGUCGCAUGUUUGGUGACGUCCAAUAGUUGCUGUGAAGUCUCCGGGCCGAGGCCUACGGACUUUUCUCCCCGAAGCGGACGGUCACUCACAUUUCUGCGGAUGCCUGAGUAGUUUUUAGCGCCCGUUUUGAUCGGGUUUAAACCGAUGAAGCACUUUAUUGAUUAAUCGAAGCGGGAACGAUCGGAAACCCUAGCUAGCUAGCCGAAGCUAGCGCUAACUGCCAGCGAGGAAGUGAGGAGGGAAAAAAAUGACAUCUCGGAGGUGGUUUCACCCCAACAUCACAGGCGUGGAGGCCGAAAACCUCCUGCUGACCCGAGGAGUGGACGGCAGCUUCUUAGCCCGGCCCAGUAAGAGUAACCCGGGAGACUUCACGCUGUCGGUGCGGCGAAAUGGCGCCGUCACCCACAUCAAGAUCCAGAACACGGGCGACUUCUACGACCUGUACGGCGGGGAGAAGUUCGCCACGCUGGCGGAGCUGGUGCAGUAUUACAUGGAGCAUCACGGGCAGCUGAAGGAGAAGAACGGCGACGUCAUCGAGCUCAAGUACCCGCUCAACUGUGCCGACCCCACGUCGGAGAGGUGGUUCCACGGUCACCUGUCGGGGAGGGAGGCGGAGAAGCUGCUGACGGAGAAGGGCAAGAACGGCAGCUUCCUGGUGAGGGAGAGCCAGAGCCAUCCGGGCGACUUCGUCCUGUCCGUCCGCACCGGAGACGACAAGACGGACAGCAGCGACGGCAAACCCAAAGUCACCCACGUCAUGAUCCGCUGUCAGCACGACCUGAAGUACGACGUGGGCGGCGGCGAGAAGUUCGACUCCCUCACAGACCUGGUGGAGCACUACAAGAAGAACCCCAUGGUGGAGACGCUGGGCACCGUGCUGCAGCUCAAACAGCCGCUCAACACGACGCGCAUCAACGCGGCGGAGAUAGAAAGUCGCGUGCGUGAGCUCAGUAAACUGGCGGAGGCCACAGACAAGGUGAAGCAGGGCUUCUGGGAGGAGUUUGAGACGUUGCAGCAGCAGGAGUGUAAACUGCUGUACAGCCGUAAGGAGGGACAGAGACCGGAGAACAAAAACAAGAACCGAUACAAGAACAUCCUGCCCUUCGACCACACGCGGGUGGUGCUGAACGACGGAGACCCCAACGAGCCCGGCUCCGACUACAUCAACGCCAACAUCAUCAUGCCGGAGCUGGACUUGAAGUGCAACAGUAACAAGCUGAAGAAGAGCUACAUCGCUACUCAGGGCUGCCUGCAGAACACCAUCAGUGACUUCUGGAGGAUGGUGUUUCAGGAGAACUCGCGGGUCAUCGUCAUGACGACCAAAGAGGUGGAAAGAGGAAAGAGCAAGUGUGUGAAGUACUGGCCCGACGUGUCGGCGCUGAAAGAGUACGGCGCCAUGCGGGUCCGUAAUGUGAGGGAGACGUCUGCGCACGACUACAUCCUCCGGGAGCUGAAGCUGUCCAAAGUGGGGCAGGGAAACACAGAACGCACGGUGUGGCAGUACCACUUCCGAGCCUGGCCGGACCACGGCGUCCCCGCCGACCCGGGUGGAGUCCUGGACUUCUUAGAGGAGGUCAACCUGAAGCAGGAGAGCAUCGUGGAGGCCGGUCCGAUCGUGGUUCACUGCAGUGCGGGGAUCGGUCGGACCGGAACCUUCAUCGUCAUCGACAUCUUGAUAGACGUGAUCCGAGAAAAAGGCGUGGACUGCGACAUGGACGUGCCGAAGACCAUCCAGAUGGUUCGCUCCAAGCGCUCGGGGAUGGUGCAGACGGAGGCGCAGUACCGCUUCAUCUACAUGGCUGUGAAGCACUACAUAGAAACUCUGCAGCGGCGCAUCGAGGAGGAGCAGAAGAGCAAGAUUAAAGGGCGGGAGUACACCAACAUCAAGUACUCGCUGUCUGACCUGACCGCCGGCGAGCAGGGCCCCCUGACACCCUGCACCCCCCUCCCCACCCCCACCUGCACAGAGAUGAGGGACGACAGCUCCAGAGUCUACGAGAACGUGGGGCUGAUGCAGCAGCAGAAGAGCUUCAGAUGAGACCCGCCGCGGACCGGAGCUCCUUCAGAUCCAGAUUUAAAAAACACAUUUUUGUUGAAACUGCAGCCAAAUUUUCCACCUGGAUCUGUUGAAGCUUCGUAAAGGUUCAGGAGCAUCAGAAUGUGUCCAGCAAGAACAUUUCUAUACAUAGAAUGAAAACGUUUUAUUUUCCUGAGGAGGACAGAUGAAAGCUGCUGUUGCCUGGCAACCGUUCAUUAACAGCAAAACAGUAGGAAACAGAAUCAUCUGUAGGACAUCUGUCAUCAUUCAAGGUAGAACUCUUCAAAAUCCUUCAGUGUUUCAAAUAGUUCUGGUAAAAAAGGAUAAAUGUUCGUGUAGGAGGUUGGUUUCAUUCUAGUCGUUACUGUGUAAGAAAAGACAGAAAUCCUUCUGGGAAGGGUUUUGUGUAGAGAAGGCGGAGCAUGAGAGGAGGCGGAGCAUACGAAAAGAGCAAGUGGACCAUGAGAGGAGGCGGAGCAUACGAAAGGAAAAGGUGGAGCAUGAGAGGAGGCGGAGCAUACGAAAAGAGAAGGUGGAGCAUGAGAGGAGGCGGAGCAUACAAAGAGAAGGUGGAGCAUCAGAGGAGGUGGAGCAUGAGAGGAGGCGGAGCAUACAAACAGGCGGAGUAUAAGAGAAGGUGGAGCAUGAGAGGAGGCGGAGCAUUAGAGGAGGCGGAGCAUACGAAAAGAGAAGGUGGAGCAUUAGAGGAGGCGGAGCAUACGAAAAGAGAAGGUGGAGCAUGAGAGGAGGCGGAGCAUACGAAAGGAGAAGGUGGAGCAUGAGAGGAGGCGGAGCAUACAAACAGGCGGAGUAUAAGAGAAGGUGGAGCAUGAGAGGAGGCGGAGCAUUAGAGGAGGCGGAGCAUACGAAAAGAGAAGGUGGAGCAUGAGAGGAGGAAGAGCAUGACGGUAGGAGGAGCAUGAGGGAAGGCAGACCAAGAGAGUGGGCGGAGCAUGAGAAAAGGCGGAGCAGGAGUCCACCCGGAGCUCGGCUUUCCUGCCGUCAGGAUCCUCUCUAACCAUUCCUGGUUUCCCCUCCAGGAUCUUGAUACUUUUGGCCAACCACACCUUGACCGUGACGACGUGGACCGACGGGGGGAACCGAACCACGGGGGAGGCCGGACUCGGGGGGGUCGUCAUCCUGCUCUCGCUCAUUCCUCAAACAUUCCCCCCAGUUGAAUUGGAAACCACUGUGAUCAUCUGAGAAGCCUUUGAAGAACCCAAACCUGAAACCGCAGCCCGGGUUUGGAGUUUGGGAAUCACAGCCGGCAGGGGCCGCCGGCCGCCAACUAACCUCACUAAUGCCCCCCCCGCUUCUUUUUCCUGCACUAACUGAGUUUGGAGACGGCCCCGUGCCAAACUAACUCCUAAUCUCUGAGCUCCGCCUUCAGUCUGGAGAGGAGCUCCAGGUUCUGCUCCUGAAGCGCGACCCGACCCGAUCUCAGAGCCAGAGUCCUUAAAGCUGCGCCGUCGUUUCAGAAUCGCCUUAAAACGGGGUGCACCCCCACUUCACUUAGCAUUACUGCGGGGGGGUCUGUUGUGUUUUUAAGUGCUCAGUCUUUCAUCGUUCUCUCCCUUUAAAGAAGGAACCCCCUGCUAGCUCCGCCCCCUCCGAGCGCUGCUGCUGGAGAUCACCUUGAUCAGGUGGUUUAACACAAACUCUGGUCCUUCUGCUGCUGUUGUUCAAAAGCAUCAGUUUGAUCUUUUCUGAAUCCUGAAGAAGAAGAAAUGACACUAAAGCCUCAGGUUAGCUCCAGCAGGAAACCGUCGCUAACUUCACUGAAAAUACAGACUCUGCAAUAAACGAAACGAGGUGAACGUGAAGACAGACCGGCGAGGACGCGGAAAACACGAGGGUUUCUAAUUGUUUUAGUCAAAAAUUAUGAUUCUGUUUCUAUUAUUUCACUCUGGAACAAAACUGGAUCCAGAACUCAGUAGAUCCACAAUUUAGUGGCUUGGAUCCAGAAUUCAGUGGAUCUGGAUCUCAGUGGAUCCGGAACUCAUGGAUUCAGAGUUUAUGGAAUCCACAUGUCAACAGAUCAUGAAUUUGGUGGAUACGAUUUCAGUGGAUCAAUAAUUCAGUGGAUCCAAUACUCAGUAGAUCCAGAAUUCAGUGGAUCUUGAUCUAAGUGGAUCCAAAGCUCAUUGGAUCCAGUAUUCUGUGGAUUUGAAACUAAAUGGAUUCAGAAUUCUUUGUAUCCAGAUCUAAAUGGAUUAUGAAUUUGGUAGAUCCAGAAUUCAGUGGACCUAAUUCUAAGUAGAUCCAGUGUCCAGUAGAUCUAGAACUCAGUGGAUCCAGAAUUGAGUAGAUCUGCAUCUAAGUGGAUCCAGAACUCAUGGAUUUAGAAUUUAUUGAAUCCAGAUCUUAAUGGAUCAUGAAUUUGGUGGAUCCAGAUUUUAGUGGACCUCAUUCUAAGUAGAUCCAGAACUCAAUGGAUCCAGAACUUGGUGGAUUCAGAACUCAUGGAUUCAGAAUUCAUUGAUCCUAGAUCUAAAUGGAUCAUGAAUUUGGUGGAUCCAGAAGUCAGUGGAUCUAAAUCUAAGUCUUAAGUGGAUCCAGAACUUGUGGAUCCCUUUCGGACUUUGUCAAACUGUGGGGUUUGUGUUAAAUCUGGAUGUCUUCUAGUUUUAGUCGUUUUAUUUUGAAUCUCCAGUUGCUCCUCGACCCCCCCCCCCCUCCCCCCGUGUCUCGCCGUCUGGAGGAGUUGCGGUUCUGAUCCGGGUUCUGUUUUCAGGAGCUGCUUCCUCUCAUCUGCUGCUUCACUGCAAGUGUUCUUUCAACCCCCCAGCUCCUGUGCAGCCCCCCCACUCCUGCCGUGUUCUGUGCCACGCCCAGGGGGGGUUGUGAGCGCGUGCAGACACCCCCCAUUACCCAUGUAAGCGGUUUCGAUGUGCCUUCGGUGCACUCGCCUGCCUGUGUGGAGCGGCGGCGCUCCUUAAUGUGAACAAACCCGAACCAGUCUCUAUUUUUUAACGUGUAACAUACGUGAGCAGCAGGCGCAGGAGAAUGUACUAAAACAUAUCUACAUGCCAAUUUAAUAUGCGGCGCCCCCCCAUGCCACAGGGGGGCGCCCUCACAGCUUCAGAGGUGUAUUAUAUGACUUUCAAUGCAGUUCACGUGUUAACGUCCUGUAACAAUAAACGACUCAUGCCUCA